AAAUCGAGCGCGUAAAAGCGCUGCGCUCUGCCAUUUACCACAAAGUGUCCAUUGAAUACCAAUAGAGCAGAUCAGCAGAAGAUCCCGUAUGCCUGGAUCUGUCAGGUUCUGCUUUUUAAUAGAAUUCAAAGACACAAUGGAUAAUAAAACAAUGCAAUCUUCAUCCACCGUGACCAGUCCGGAUUACAACCAAACCAACUGCACGUCUCCAGCGUGUAUGCUCUACCCUGACUUCUACAUCUGGCUACCGGUUAUUUACUCAAUCAUAUGCGCUGUGGGACUCACGGGCAACACCGCUGUUAUUUACGUGAUUUUGAAGGCGCCUAAAAUGAAAACUGUCACCAACUUAUUCAUUUUGAAUUUGGCCAUCGCCGACGACCUUUUCACGUUGGUGUUGCCCAUCAACAUAGCCGAGCACCUGUUAAACUACUGGCCGUUUGGAGAGAUUUUAUGCAAAGUGAUUCUGUCCAUAGACCACUACAAUAUCUUCUCCAGCAUCUUCUUCUUGACUUUGAUGAGUGUGGACCGCUAUCUGGUCGUGGUGUCCACGUUGCGCUCCAAACGGAUGCCCCACCGGACCUACAGGUCAGCCAAAACGGUCAGCCUGAGCAUUUGGGCUCUGGUCAUUCUCAUCGUGAUGCCCUUCACCGUUUUCGCCGGCGUCUAUGUGAGUCCCGACGAUGCGGAGAGCCGGAAGAGCUGCGUUUUGAGUUUCCCAAGUCCUGAGCGUUUCUGGUUCAAAGCCAGUCGGAUCUACACGCUGGUCCUCGGUUUUGUCAUCCCAGUUUCAACCAUAUGCAUCCUCUAUAGCGUGAUGCUCUACAAGCUGAGACGCACGUGUCUCAACUCAAAUGGGAAGGCUCUGGACAAAGCCAAGAAACGAGUCACAGUGAUGGUCUUCGUCGUGCUUGCCGUUUGCUUGUUUUGUUGGACACCCUUCCACCUGAGUACGGUGGUCGCCCUCACCUCAAACUUGCCCACCACUCCUCUGGUUAUAGGUAUUUCUUAUUUUAUCACGGGACUGAGUUAUGCCAACUCGUGUCUCAAUCCAUUCCUUUACGCGUUCUCAUCAUUCAACAUAAUUUUCCUCAUCAGUGUUUAA